AUGAUCUAUUGGAAACCGGCGUGCUACUUCGAUACGCACGUAGUUAAAAGUCCCACUGGCACUCCGCUGCCCGGUUUCACGUGUCUUUGCGACACUGAUAACUGUAACGACGAGGUGCCAACAUUUGGCUACGAGCCGCAAUUGACGUUGAGCUGGGGUACGAGGAAUGUGCCGAUCAUCAACCGGACGCCGAUCAGAUGUUGGAAUAGCUCGGUAAAUUUGAAUUGGGACAAGAAUCCGGGAGAAACGCCAAAAUUCCCGGCAAUUGGGGUGACAUUCGAGGACGAAAUGUGCGUGAUCGAUACUGAUGGGCAGGUACUUUUGACGGAAACAGUUGGCGCAAAUCUUUCGGAAUGGUUGAUGUUUGACGGGUAUCGAGAUGCAAGUCGAAGAGCGCCAACAGAAGGAAUUCUAUCGAUUGGAGAUCUAGAUUGGAUUAGUCGUUUACCUGGUUAUAAUGGUGGCGUUUACGGGUAUCAGUCAACAAUCUACUCGUUUAUCGUUCGAAUGUCAUGCGAUUGGACUCUCUGCAAUGUGGCUGAUUUAAAGGAAAUGCCUCAAUCGACUGUAAAAUGUCAUGGUUUUGAAGGCAGCUUCUGCAGUGGUCAUCUUUGCGUCUAUGUGCAAGAUCGACUAAAACUCACGAAAGACGAUAGCUUGACAUCACGGGGUUGUCUCUGGCAAAAUGAUGCAAGAGCUAGCGGAAGAUUGGAGGUCGGCGAAUAUCCUUUCGAUUAUCUUUAUGUGAU